AUGGAUCCGCAACUCUCAUCAUCAACAACAACUCUAAACAAAUUGGAUAACAUCAAGAUGACUGCAUCUACAUCGUCCACUUCUCCUUCAUCAUCAUCAUCCAACUCGACCCAUUACAACACUUCGGAAUCACAACAGCCUAUCAAGAUUGCAAAGAAAGAUGACUUUAGAGAAGAUGAUGAGCAUUCAGUUUCAAUGAGUCCGAAAGUGGUUGCCACGGGAGCACUUUCUGUCAAAAUUCCAUCCAACGGAAACCUUGUGGGUGCUGCUGUUGUUGCAGGAGGCAGUCAGUCUCCUGUGAGAGUCAGCAACCACUUACAUCAAUCAUCAAAUUCUUCUUCUUCCUCUCUGUACAACAAGAAAACAAUUCCUUCUCCACCCACUUCAUCAUUGAACAAUAAUAACAACAUCAAUGGAACCAGUACUACUACUUCAGCACUUACAACAGCAUUAAAUUCAUCUGUACAGCAAGAAGAAGACAAAAACACAUCCAAAUUGUCUACAGACACCUCUUCUGAACCCUCUUGCCCUAUCAAUGCUGAAUCAGACAGUGCGGGUGGAAAUAUUGCUGAGGACCAUUUCAUAUUCCUUCCGAACCACAAUGAGCCUUUCCAUCAUUUUGCUCUUGAUAUUGGAGGCUCUCUGGUAAAGAUGGUUUACAUGGUUCCUUUUGAUAGUGAGAAUGAAAUUAUUUAUCAAACCAAAGACACAGAGAGCAAUGAGCUCGAGGCUUAUUAUCAUCAUGCCAGUAGUGAUGAUGAAGAAGAUGGAAAAUUAUCCAUCAAAUCACUUCCUCCGCAGUCUCCUCUCAUCAUCAAUGAUGCUAGAGACCAUUUUGCUUUUAACGGAACAAAGAGAGGCUCUAAACUUUGUUUUGCGAGAUUCCAAACAGCUGACAUUGAAGAUUGUUUAAGUUUGAUUGAAAAAUUAUUAAAACUAGAUGAUUCAAUGCCACAACAUCAGAUAAAACAUAUCAAUGCAACUGGUGGAGGUGCAUUCAAGUUUGCUUCUCUCCUCAAAAACAGAUUUGGACUUGAGGUGAACAAACUCGAUGAAAUGGAAUCUUUAAUCAAGGGACUGAAUUUCUUGUUAAUGAAUCUACCAAAUGAAUCUUUCAAAUUCACAAAAGAGAAAAAGAGAGAAUAUAUUUCAUUUCAAGAGGUUUCCAAUAACGAGGUAUUUCCUUAUUUACUUGUAAAUAUUGGAAGUGGUGUUAGCAUUUUGAGAGUUGAUGGCUUGGGAAUGUUUGAAAGAGUUUCAGGUAGUAGUAUUGGUGGAGGAACAUUUUGGGGUUUAUGUAAAUUAUUGACUGGAUGUUCAUCAUUCGAGGAAAUUUUGAAACUUACAAAACAAGGUGACAACAAACCUGUAGAUAUGCUUGUUGGAGAUAUCUAUGGAAGAGACUAUGAAAAGAUAGGAUUACCAUCAGACAUUAUUGCUAGUAGUUUUGGUAAAUUGAUCAUGCAAAAAACCGGCAGUGAAGAAACCAUGAAACCUAAAGCUGCAGAUCUUGCUAAAUCCUUAUUAUUUAUGAUUUGCAAUAACAUUGGACAAAUUGCAUAUCUCAAUGCUCUGAGAUUUGGACUUAAAAGAAUAUUCUUUGCAGGAUAUUUUAUUAGAGGUCAUGACAUCACAAUGCAUUAUAUUUCAUAUGCUAUUCAUUUUUGGUCUAAAGGAACAAUUUCAGCAAUGUUUUUGCGUCACGAAGGUUAUUUGGGAGCCAUUGGAUCUUUCCUUUCUUCUAAAAGCAAGGACGUAGAUAAUGACAGCAACAACACACCUGUUGUAGAAUAA